AUGGCUGCUACAACUACUCACGUCGCCAAAUGUCAACAACAUUACACUUCCAAUGACGGCCAUAACUUGACUGAACGAUCGUUGCCAUCAGAGAUGACAAGUUCGCCGCCUGUUGCCGCUUAUAGCACUGCAGGAAACGAACCUGAAAAUGAUGGUGUCACCAAGAAAUCCGAUUCGGGUGUGUAUUUUGCCAUGAUGCUCUCAGAGUACUUGGAUAAGAAGGCCAUGGAGGAGGACAAGGGAGAUGCAACAAUCGUAAAGCCGAAUAGCAGCAGUGACGAAUCUAAUACGACUACCACCACCACCACUACUACUACUACUACUACUGCUACCACCACUACUGUCGAGCCAGCAACCACUACGAAUUCAGCCAAUGAUAAUGUCGGGCGCCUUGGCCAACAUGUUCCGCACGGCCACCCAAAAGAUGAAACUUAUGCAGAAGCACAGGUCAAGGAAGUGAUGGCAAACUUACCCAAUUUAAUAUGGGUGCCUGCACACAAGCAUCCACAGAUUGCACCGAGUGAGUUUGUUAAUUGGAUCCAAGUACAUGGUGAAACGCCGGCUAUGAAGCAAUCCAAAGUGCGUCGACAAAAAUCCAAGCUCUCGAGAUCAAUAUCAUACGAUGAUGCGAAUAUCAUUAGCAACAAUGAGAAUGAAAAAGAGAGCAACACGAGUGCCAGCACCACGAGUUCGAGUAGCAGCAGCGGAGAGGAUAGCCCUACAAGUCCAAAGGAUUAUGAGUUACCCCAAAUACAGGGCAAGGAUGGUUUUGCAUUUGAUCGGCACCCAACAGAAAUCGAUUCUUCUCCUAUACUAGCCCCACCAACGCAUCAUCGAACAUUAUUACGUCGCUCUGCAGUAUCAGCUAGACGAACGGCUAGUGAAGGCAAUGCUGAUAGACGACGUAGCCGACGAGCGCAACAACAAUCACGACAUGCUGAGGAUACGAGUGAUCGCAUGGGCCAUGUACCAACUGAAGCCGUUAAUUUGCAUGAUCAUCCCGUUAGUAUGAGCGAGUGGAUUGAUUUAGGCAAUGCGAGCCUCGAGUCAUCAGAAUCACAACAUGGCAUCUUAUCACGUGUGCAUGAUGCUGAAUCACAGCUAUUGAAAUUUAUGGAUGAUGAUGAAGACGAUGAUAAAAAGGUUGCCAAGGCAACGGCGACCAUGGCAACGGCCAUUCCCGAGGAACCAGAAUCGGAUUCAUCUUAUCCAAGUGCUACAACCAAGGAUGAUGAUGAUACGACUUGCACCACCACCACUACCACCGAGCCAUCGACUUUGGAUAACAAAAGAAUGACCUUGAGACGAUCAGCAUCGGAUUUGAUUCCUCAAAAGAGUGAAAAGAAAAUGUCAUGGAUUGGUGCAUUAUUGAAUGGUGACAAGAAAAAGAGACGUUCAUUGCGACGACCCAAUAAUGAAAAGCACAAAGAUCAGGCAUCCCUUCAACUUACACGAGUCAAUUCCAUGGGCGCAGUAUCAACAUCAACCACCACCACCACCACCGGCACCAAGAAACGUGGAUUGGCUGCAUUCAUCUCUAGAUCAUUAUCCAAAUCAUCAUCAGCAGCAGGAAGGAAAGAGUCUAAAAAGACUAAGAAAGAUCCUAUUCCACCCCCACCAUCUUCCACAGCAACCAGCAGUGUAACCACGGUAGCCUCUAGACAUUUUAUCCACAGCUAUCGUUUACCCAUCCAUGUUGAACGUGCCAUCUAUCGACUCUCUCAUAUGAAACUUGCCAAUCCACGCCGUCCUUUGCAUCAGCAAGUGGUGAUUUCCAAUUUUAUGUUUUGGUAUUUAUCCAUCAUCAAUCCUCAGGCCACACAAUCUACCACCAGCAACAAUACCCAAUGGCCUCAAGAAGGAGACGAAGCAGCAUCAUUUCGAGCACCAUCACCAUCAUCCAAUAAUCGUUUUCAAAAGCCCUCACUCAACAACAACAACAACAACAAGAAAUAUGAGCGACGUGCUUCAGUGAGCAGCAAUACCGGUUCAUCUGAUGAAGAAGACAAUGUCCCUUUGAGCUUUUACAGAAAAGGCGAUGUUUAG